UGCUUCACACACAUUCCGUGCACGGCAUCGAGUUGGAAGUGUGUUUCGUUAUCUUGCAUCGGAAGUGAUCAAUCACGGUGGUGUGCUGAGUCAGCGUAGAAAAGCAAAACUAUCGGUUUCCAGCGUUUUUCCGCCGAGCUAGUACGAUCCCUAGUCUUGUUUUCUGCACGGUACAGCGAAUUUUGGUGUAUGUGUACGGAAGCAAAGUCAAUCCGCCCGUGCUGUGCUGUGUGUGUGCGUUUUGCCCGUGAUAUGUUGUCCAUCGGCUAAACCCACUCUCGACGACGACAAAGAGAAGCAGAAAAGGUUCGCGUUGCAGCGCUGAUUGUAGCAAUAAUUGAGUUUUGCAGUGCUUGAGGUGCUUAAUGUCUCUGCCGUGUGUUUGUGUGUGUGUGUGUGAGCGUUUGUGGUUGUUGGCUGUAUCACUGCGUCGGCCAGGAAAACAGUCACCCAAGAAUGAUACGGCUACUAGACGGCGGUCUGCCGCAUCAAGCCGUCAAAUGGAUGGUGUCUUGUGAAAAUGGAAGAAACAAAGUCGCAUAGCAAAAGUGAAUCAUCAACUGCGGUGCCGAGCCGUGCCGAGGGCUGCUGGUGCAACAUCAUACACACGAAAUGGAUGCGUAGCCAAGUGCGGACCUUAUUGUUAUUAUUACGCCCCGUGAUAGUGUCUCCAGCUCCAUACUAGCGUAUAGCGCGGGCGCUGACGAAUGCGUAUCGGUGGAGAAAAACGGUCCGUCACCCAUCUUCUUGCGGUUUGCUAUGUUGGCAUUCUGACCCUAGAAUUAUCGCAGCUCCCUGUCCCAGUUCCGACCAUUUGGUUCCCGGUUACGAGAAGCAAGACACGACGACGAAUCGAUUCGCGUGUGUAACAUGUCGGGGACAUUUUCCAGAACAACGCGUGACCCACAGAUUCGGACCACGCUGAACGUGUGCCUGCCUUGAUCCGAGAUUGUUCCGUGUCAAAUGCACUGAUUGAUCGAUCGGUCGGUCCCGGCUAGGCUAGGGCUAGGGUGGUUGGGGCUGCUGCCUUUUCUCUGUUUCUUUUGGCAAAUCGCCCCAUCACGACAAGAGAUAGUGUGCCCCCCCUUAUUCUGGGCUGACACGGGCCGUUUCGUGUGCUCAUAAAAGCAGAAAAGAAUUGCAUGGUAAUUAUCCCACGCUUCACGGCGACACACAUUUGGUAUGUCAUUUUUGUCGGGGUCUUCGGGGCGCCACCUUUCGCCAGUUUCGAAUCAAACCAAUUGAGCGGACCAUUCCAGGCUUUAGCAGCGCUGGAAAUCCCACUGUCCCCAAGGUAACGGGUUACUCGUAAACGAGAAGAGUAGGCCAUGCAACACGGUUGAUUCGCUGCUUUGCUUAUCUAAAGACCACAGAAGCAACCUUGCGAACGGGUCGGGUGGCCAGGCUGCCACAACAACACGAUGGGAUUGUGUUUAAGUUUUCAUCACCAUGUGUGUGUGUGUUGUUAUCUACGGUAGUGCCUUCGGACAUCCGUAUCUGGUCCGUGUGUGUACAAUUCCGCACACGUGUACGCAGAAUCGUUUUGCGAGACACCGACUGCACAACGCUGCACUAUUGUGUGCUUGUCUCCGGGUUUGGUUCUACUGGCGAUGAUACGAAACUACGUUCCGGUUCCGGGUUUAGGCAGGAGUAUAUUGACCAGAGAUUGAAUUUCGGAAGGCUUUUGCUUCGGGUAAGCUCAUGCGUUUGUGCGUGCUACUCAGUUCGGGAGGAAAAUAUGUGCCGGGUGUUUGGAGCAGUAAACGGUGUACAUCGAUGAGAAACUGGAAUAACUAUUCAGAAACCUUCGAAGGCGUCAAAGUGUGGGCAUUAGCAUCAGCAUUCAUCAUUCUCAAAAGGACACUCCCGUCAUAAAUAAACAUCGUCUGCUGAUGGCCGUCUAUCAUCCCCGUACCCGGGCAGCUGUUUUCGCAACAAAACAGUUGAGAGCCGCAUGGAAAACUAACAAGGUUCGGCUUUUAGUUGGCUGACACGACGACACGCGGUGGUGCGGUGUAAAAAUAGUGGAAGUGAAAAGUGUUUGAAGGGCAGGCAGGCAAAACGAAAAAAAAAAAACGGAAGGAAGGAAAUUCUGUCUGUAAAAGCUAAAACUCGACCAAAAGCUACACAGUGGCCUCUAAUUAGAAACGGUUCGAAAUGAAUACCCAUCUGCAAGGAUCGUCCCCCAGAUCGCCCGCACCGUCUCCGGAUCCUGACGUUGACGAGGGUAGUUCUAAAAAGCAGGCAACAAGAGUAUUUAAGAAAAGUUCAUCAAAUGGCAAAAUCACCGUAUAUUUGGGAAAACGUGACUUCGUCGACCACAUUACGCAUGUGGACCCGAUAGAUGGUGUCGUGCUGAUAGAUCCCGAUUAUGUGAAGGAGAGAAAAGUUUUUGGACACGUACUGGCCGCCUUCCGGUAUGGGCGUGAGGAUCUGGACGUGCUGGGACUAACCUUCAGAAAGGACCUUUAUCUCGCAUCGGAACAGAUUUAUCCACCGCUGGAAACGGACCGACCGCUCACCCGCCUGCAGGAACGUCUGAUUCGGAAGCUGGGCGCGAACGCCUAUCCCUUCUACUUCGAGGUGCCGCCACACUGUCCGGCAUCCGUGUCGCUGCAGCCGGCACCGGGCGAUACCGGCAAACCGUGCGGCGUGGACUACGAGCUCAAGGCCUUCGUCGGCGAGUCGCAGGAGGACAAACCGCACAAACGGAACUCGGUACGGUUAGCGAUAAGGAAAAUCAUGUACGCACCCUCGAAGCUUGGCGAGCAGCCCUCGAUCGAGGUUAGCAAAGAGUACAUACUGAAACCAAAUAAAAUUCACCUAGAGGCAAGUCUGGAUAAGGAGCUUUACCACCACGGCGAAAGCUUGUCGGUGAAUGUACAUAUAGCGAAUAAUUCAAGUAAAACAGUGAAAAAAAUCAAAGUGUCGGUCCGGCAGUUUGCCGACAUCUGUCUCUUCUCGACGGCGCAGUACAAGUGCACGGUAGCGGAGGUGGAAUCCGAAGACGGAUGUCAGGUCGCUCCCGGAUUCACGCUUUCGAAAGUGUUUACGCUGACACCAUUGCUGGCCAAUAAUAAAGACAAGUGGGGCCUGGCACUUGACGGGCAGCUGAAGCACGAGGACACCAAUCUGGCCUCGAGCACGCUGUCUCGCACACUGGUGGAUGGAAAAUAUAGAAUUGCUGAUCCUUCACAACGAGAAAACCUGGGCAUUAUAGUGCAGUAUAAAGUAAAGGUUAAACUUUGCAUCACUCCUCUUGGCGGAGAUUUAGUGGCAGAGUUGCCGUUCAUACUCAUGCACCCGAAGCCGGAUGACGAUGAACCCGUGAUAGGAGACCGAUCACCCGGCCGAACAGUGAACAGUGCCGAUCGUAAACACUCGUACCAGGCCGGUCACGAUAUGGGCUCCAACAGUAACAAUGGUGACGCACAUGCCUCCAAAGAGGAUGGUCCAAAUCUGAUCCAGCUAGACGGCGACGACAACUGUCCGGACGAUGAUAUUAUAUUUGAGGAUUUCGCGCGGUUACGCUUAAAAGGCGCUGAAACGGAAGCUUAAGGCUAUCGUCGGAAAAAAAAACAAAAUUAGUAGCGGACGGGUAUGGCCGGUGCCCUGCAUUCUGUGGUGUUCCAGCAAAGAAAAAGCGCUAUCAACGUGCCAGCCGGCAGUGUCAGUCGAGCACGGACGAGCCGUUUUGGGCAAGGCACAAACAUGUUGGUUAGCAAAUCUUAGCGAAACGGGAAAGUAAAACAGAAAAAAAACACACCGACCAACAGAUAAGUUAAGCUACGCCAAAGUAUCCAUAUAUUUGAUGUUUUCAAACGAUUGUCUAGCUCUUCCUCAACAACAACAAAAAAACUCUCCUAGAUAACAGCAAUGCAAUGCAGAAUGGUGAGGGAGGUAGAAAAAAAAUCAUAUAACAAAGAAAUAAUGUCACUAUAUAACGUAAGGACCAACUCGUCGUCGUCGUCUUCGUCGUAUUGGUUUUCUGCAGCAGAACCUACCGAUACCUACCUACCUACUAUUCGAUGGCUAGAUAAAUCCACUCGUUUCCAAGUUUCCAUUGAAACAAACGGGCGUCCGCUCGUCUCGUCGGUCAACGUUCUUCGGUCUAUUCAAUCGUCCCCGUUCCUCUUACCAGUUUCGCGUACAGACAAGCGGUACCCAUCCAUAGAAUAUUAUCUUCCGGUGGUGAAAGGGUGAAAUAGUUAACCGUUCCUGGAGGCAAUCAGAGCAUCGCAAGUUAUAUAGAGAGCAAUUAUGUAGAAAGCACUUCAACUGCCGCCAUGCUGCUACUGUUCAAAAACUUUGGUUUCCCUUCUUUCCUAACGAAACACGCGUAACGGAAGCAACCAGUCGAGCAAUUAGGGUUUUCCUAUAAUUCUAAUUCUCUCAAAACAUUACACAAAUUCGAACCGUUUACUUCUGAAGCAAUGUUUGCGAAGUAAUGCCGUCGACUAUACAUAUAUUAUUUUAUCUAACAACACUCCUCCUCCAGAAGCUAAAGGAGGUGAAGCAUUUGUACUAUUCUGUAACGUACGGUAGAUGUAACGCAACAAUGUGUAACUGUUGUUGAAGUAUAGUGUGCAACAGCAAGCCCCUCGUUUGCAUUUAUUGUGGUGAUGUGGAGCAGAAGUACUAAAGCAUAAGCACAACACGCGCCUAUAGUAAACCGCGCAAAUAGUCAUUAACAAGUUGUUUGUGGGCGUGUGCUUAUUUUAUUUUUUGCUAGGAAUUGUGGGGUUGGCACAGAAAAAAAGCGAAACUAAUUAAGAACAGUUUCUCGAAUUGCAAUAUAAAAUUGUAGCAAAAAAGAGAACUCUUUUUUUUUUCUUUUUUAUGGCAUGUUUUCGAUAUAUCUAGCACUGUUGCGCACAAACCCCCGCACGAGAAACAGGGUCAGAAACAGAAUCUAUAUACAAUAAUAUAUAUACAUGCAACGUUGUUGUUUUUUUUUCUUCUUUCAUUUUAUGUUACAUUUCAUUUCUGCUCGGCUCACAUGCUUAGUUUAACCCCCGUUUAGUGGAUGGUUUCGAGCAUAGCACAUAACCGUGUCAGAGCGUAUAACUUUAUUUUAAGAUAGAAUUGCUGCAACCCGAUAUAUCUGUAGUUCGUGGUAGUCACUAAACGCACAACCGAAACAGAGAGCAAGUAUUUAUUGGAAAAUCAAGCUAGGUAGAACUUGUGGAUGUAAGCGAGAUGUGGACUACGAAAUAAACAACCACACCCCCCUAAGUAAGCCCCGGUAAAAAAAAGAAACCGCACCCACGUGUAUGAUAAAGGCCGACGGCUCCAUUGUGUUGGAAAAUGAAAAGAGAAACAAUGUAGUAUA